UUCUACACCCGGGCCCACCGCUUUAUGGAUGCCUAUCGUCGCGGUCUCAAUGGGAAGCAGGCGGCGUGGGCAGCCAAGAAGUAUCACAGCCACCGUGUCCUCCCGAACGACAUUCUUGAGGAGCUUGACCGGGAAGGCAUUGCUUCGGAGGACUAA